AAAUAAGAGCACAACCCUUGUCAUGUAAAUAAGUUUUGCGCGGUACAUUUCAACUCUGUUUCUAUUGUUUGUAACGGACAAAAAUACGACAAAAAUAUGUAAAUCCAAUGACCCAAGCACUGAAGACAGUGAAUUUAUAGCAACAGGAUAUAUGAUGGCUGUUAAAGUGAAUCCUCAACCGUUGAAAGCCAAGAACUAGUUUUGUUUUCCAAGAGUGAGGGCGUAUGAAAUCUCGUACAUUCAGUGUUUCGUUUGUAAGGAACUAGAUUGCCUUGUCGUUGCUCAUGCAGUGUCCAGGACAACAGUUACCAUUGAGUUAAUAAAACAGUAUAUGGAUGGCAACAAGCACAGGCCCCUGGGAUGAAACUGAUGACAGUGCAAGCUAUGAUGCCCCCCCAGCAAUGCGUCCUCCAAGAAGAAGCACUCUCAGAGUGAGCCACCUACGUCAGCCUUAUGCACGACCCCCAUCACCUCCUCGCCACGCAUCUUCUACAAGACCAAAGAUGGGGGGUGGAGUGGUUGCUGACAAAGUGGAAGACCUUGCUGCUUCCCUGCAAGCAACAACUGAAGUGUUGUCCACAGCAGAUCGCAUGCUAGAGCACUAUAGGGAUAUCAAUGUUGAACAAGAUGAAGAAAUUGCAAAGUUAAGAGCUGAGCUUGAAAAGUCUGCUGAUAUUCUGAGACGAGAAAGAAUAUCAAGAAGACGGAGACUUCCUCCUACUCCUUCGUCAUCACAGUCUGAGGAUGAACAGGGAAGACCAGCAAGGAAAAGAAGCUCAGUGAGUUUUGGCAAAGAUGUUAGAUCAGAUGUUGACCAGUUGAGAGAGGCUGUGAGAAACCUUAAAAGUGAACAAAACCGCCUGACUGGAGAAAUUGAAAGAGAAAGGGAAGAACGGGAAAGGGUCGGUGGUGACUAUAGUUAUAGCGGUACUGGUAGGCGUGACCAGCGAGGACCCAGUGGAACAGCAGAAGUCAUCUCCCGAGCAGAUUUGGCAGAGAGAGAGAGGCUUCUUAAUGAGCUGCGGGAAACUGAGGAAGCAAGCAGACGUCAAGCCGAAGUUCUUGUUAAGGGACUGGAUGCUGAGCGAGACGUCUUACGAGAAAGCCAAAGACUAGCUUCAGAGAGAGACCGAGAACUAGAAUCAUUAAGACAACAGUUGCAGGCGAAUCAAAAAUCGCAACAAGACGAGAUCGAGAGUAGACUCAAGGAAAUUCAACAAGAGAUGCGAGCGGAGCGAGAAUCUUGGGAGAAGAAACAACAGGAAGUCGGUCAACUCGCCAGUGAAUUGCGAAAUGUCCGGAGUUUGUUGGAUGAAGCGAACGACACGAAGAUGCGAGAUGAAAUCCGAACGGUUGCAAGUGAGCUAGAGUCUGAACGCAGGGCCCUGGAAGACAGCGAGAGAGAGAAGAGACUGCUUGCCUCUCGUUUGGAAGAUUUAUCGGGGAGACUGGAACUCUCAGAGAGGGAACGCCGAGAGGUCAUGGCCGAGUUAGAAGCAGCCACAAAGAGACUGGACCAGAGUGAGGGGGGAAAAAACGCGCUGGUAGAUCAGGCAGAGCAAUUACGUCAACAGUUUUCACGCUCAGAAGCUGAAAAAACCGAGUUGUCGAGGAAACUUGAAGACGCCCAAGCGAAACUAGAGGACAACGAGUCUACUCGGAAAAGACUUCAGAAUAGGUUGGAAGGUUUGAAUCGACAGAUGGAGGAAGGAAAAGGUGACCGCGAUCGUCUCGUGGAACAACUUGAAUCUCUUAGAGGACAGGUUGUGAAGUCUGAGCGAGAAAAAGAUGAAAUUAUGCAACAGGUGUCAAGGGUAACCAGAGGCGCGGCUCAUAGACGUCAAUCAUUGGGAAGAACCCCUUCAGCGGCAGCUCAAUUAAUGAGGGGUAUGGGGCGAACCGAGGGGCCUGGGGGAGAUAGUGCGUCUGAGAUGAGAAGGAACUUGGACCGAUUUGAGCUGGAGCGGGAUCUGGAUCGGAGGAAUCAUUUGGGGGAGUCCUUCUUUGAUGGACCAUCUGGAAGAAAUUUCAGGGGAGGGGAGGAUAUGGAUAGGUAUGUUGAAAUGGUUAAUUCUGCUCUUGAGCAUGAAACCCGUUUCCCGUGGAUGGGAUGCUUUUACAUCACAGGUCAAAACUUUAUAGGUUUCUUGGACAGUUCACCUGUACCCAUACAUGUUCCUGGGUGGAGAGAGGCAUCGUGA